CGGUAGCUGUUUCUUCAUCUUUAUUUCAGCCUUUUCAGAGGACAAUAUUUAGCCUCAAUGGAGAUCUUGUGGAAUACUGUUGUUAUUGUUUUUCACUGACUUAUCUGAUUGGAACAAAACUUUUUUUUGUUGGUUUGUCUUCUGAGGAGCCAUCACAAUGGAGGCUAUGAAGCCCAAGUUGAAAGUGCUGAAAAAGCGUCGCUCCAGCCUUUUUGCGACCAUAAAACGGGAGAUGAGCUUUACGCAAAGCAUUGAAGAACAGGAAAGUGAAUUCCCUUUUUCACAGGACAGCUCUGUGAAAGCAUGGACAUCUAUGGACAACCUUGACACACCUGAAGAGAAAAAAGGUGCAAGAAAAGAUCAGAAAAAAAUUACACCCAACCCAAGGAAAUCGAACAUAGUCAACCUCAACAUAGGAGGAAAGGUGUUUCACAUUCCAAAGCAUUUGGUUCUCAAAUACCCCAAAACCAGGAUUGGAGUCCUUGCCCUCUGCAACGAUCCGGUGAAGCGUCUGACACUCUGUGACGAUUACAAUGUUCAGAAUGACGAGUUCUUUUUUGACAGGGACCCCAUGUUUUUCCACUACAUCUUCCACUUUUACUGCAGUAAUGUCCUGUGGGUGAUGGACAGUCUGUGUCCUGUCAGCUUUGAGGAGGAGAUGUCAUUCUGGGGGUUGAAACUGAAGGACACUCCAAGGUGCUGCCGCAUUCUGUUUGAGGAGAAAGUGGAUGACAUCAGAGACCAGCUGAAGGUGAACCAGGAGCUGCUCGACGAGAUUAAGCCUCACCAAGAUGGCGAGGGAUACAAGACCAUGUUUCUUGGAGACUUUCGGAAGAUCCUCUGGGACUUGAUGGAGAAUCCUUACUCCUCUCUAGGAGCCAAAGCCUUUGCUGUGUUUUCCAGUCUCUUUGUGCUUAUCUCUAUUGUUGCCAUGACACUGAAUACAGUAAAUGAACUCAGGCAGUAUAAACUUGGUGGCAAAACCUACAUGGAGUGGAUAGAGGUUUCCUCCAUCCUUUUCUUCACCUUAGAGUACUUUUUGCGGUUAUUCACCACAUCCAACAUCAAACAUUUUGUGAAGAGUGCCCUCAACUUUGUUGAUGUGGUGGCUGUGAUGCCCUAUUUCCUCCAGAUCAUUUUUGAGACAUUUGUUAUGGAUUCCGAAGACGUCAGCGCAAAGGAGGAUUUAAAGGCCAUGGCGAGGGUCAGUAAAGUCAGCAAGGUGCUCAAGGUUGUCAAGUUGAUGCGCAUCUUCCGAAUCUUGAAGCUUGCCCGUCACUCCACAGGCAUGAGGGCAUUUGGUUUUACUAUCCGACAGUGCUCUGAGCAGGUGUGCUGUCUGUUUCUGUUCAUUGCCAUGGGCAUCUUCACCUUCUCUGCUCUGAUGCACUCUGUGGAGGUGGAUCAGCCUGGGACACCUUUCAGCAGCAUACCAGACGCCUGGUGGUGGGCUGCGGUGAGCAUCUCUACUGUUGGCUACGGAGAUGUAGUCCCUAUCUCCUAUCUUGGACGCUGUGUGGCGUUUGGCUGCAUCUCUUUCGGCAUCAUCCUCAACGGCAUGCCCAUCUCCAUCCUGUUCAACAAGUUUUCCGACUAUUACGCUAAACUGAAGGAACAGGAAUACACAUAUUCAAACACGGAGCGCUCCUUCCAGCUCAAGAAACGUCUGCGGCGCAAGUUUGACAGCUGCUUUGAACCCCCGCCAGAGGAGUCCGAUGACGAGAUACACUAUCGGCCCAGUGGAAGGCAAACUACCUUCGACAGCGAUGAUUUCUCAACCCACUAGUUACAACCUCGCUCACCCUAAAUGGCCUUAUCACCCAUGGGUCUAGAAACUGUAAGACCCAUCUGCCUCCGACUCUGAGGUCUGAGCUCAUGUGAAGAUAAACAAUCUCGGGGAGGGGGGUCAAUGGGGCGAUGGAAGCAGCAGCAAGUUGAGAUAAGCUUUAAGCUUCAGCUUUACAGUAGGUGCUGUGUGCACGCUAUGUGGGAUGACUCCUCUGUCAAAUGGACAAGAACCUCCUGCUAGAUGGCUUGUUAUCUGUUUCCAAGAAUAGCACUCGGCCGAAACUAAUUCUGACUAAACCGAGAUAGAUGUUUGAUUCAGGGAGCUCAAGUAGUUACAUUAUCAACAAAGCAAUGUCAUACUCUAAUCACUUUACCGGGAGUGUGAUGCUUGUGAAGAACUGUUCUCAUUGGAAGUGCUAUUAAUGGACUGUUUUCGACAACUACAUGGUCUCCUACAUUUUACUUUACAUCCUUGAUAUUCUGCAGCAGAAAUAAUGGAGUGCUGCAGGAAUGAGUCCUAAAACCCAGAAAUGAGUUAGCCCUUCCAGUUGCCUCAUCUCGAAGUCAGUGGGGAUUUUUUUAAAUCGGUUUUAGUUAGAAACCUGAAAUAAGGUCUGUUAUCUCUUAAAUGCAAGUUUAAGAAAUUUUUAAAUAAUAGAGAUUUUAAAUAUGUCAGUGAAUACCCUACUUGUGAAUUUUGAAGCUUUUACAUGUGUUAAAAAAGGCAGUUGCCAACAAGUGGCUAAAUGUAACUACAGAGGUUGUCGCGGACAUUAAAGUCUUUCUCCAGACACAUAUUUAAUUAUGUAAAAAUAAUUACACUAACAAUAAUAUUUUCCUCAACAUGGUUUUUCCAAAUAAUAGUUAAAAAAUUUGCUUUCAGUGAGUUUUGCGUUCCACUUUUUCCAGAGCUGCUCAUGCUAAGUUGACUAGCGAAAGAGCAGUGAGCAUCAAGAUGGCUAGCGUUAGCAUUGGAGGAAACAUCGGAUGUUAAAUGUAGUUAGCAUCUUUUAUUUAUGCUGUUUGGUAGCUUGUUAGCUUGUGGGCUAACUGGCAGUGGUUGACACAGCCUGAGUGGGUGUGAAACAUAGUAAUAUCUGCUACAAUGGGGUUUCUGGUAGGUGGUGGAAGGAAGCUCCAGGGUUUACAUCCAAAAAGUGAACACUCAUGUUUACUGUAAAACUUCCACUAUGCUAAUGCUAACUCUACUCUCUGUUCUGGGGGUUUCAGGUUUCUUUGUCAGUGUUGUAUCGAAGUCUGUUCCCCCGUCAAUAUGUGUGUCUUGUAUUAGACAACGAAUGACUUCUGUGUUAGUGACGUAGGCUACCUACGUUAGCUUGCCCAGAGGACAUUUGAAUCUCAGAUUUUAGGGAAUUGCACAGACAUCGCCCCCCUCAGCAGUACAGUAUAUGAAAACACCUCUCUAGUGACAAAUUGCACAGAUGCAAGUCAGCACAGUCCAGGUCAGACAUUUUAGGAGCUCAUAAAUAUAAGAAAAACAAAUCUAAAAGUGGAGGAGGACUUUGAAUGUCAUGACGGAAGUUUUAGUGGUGGUGAUGUUGAAGUCAUGCCACGCUGGUGUUUGUUUAUAGCCUAACAUUAGCUCUUUACUUCUGAUGAUUGCAUUUAUGCUUCAAAAAUCAUUACA